CCGAAAUCCAACUUUUAAUGCUGGACUAUCUAACAGUGAGAACGAAAGACGCAAUCUGUUAUGCGGGAAACAAGAUCUAUGGAGCAGCUUUGAAAAGGGAAUGGAAAUUAACAAUCACGAACAAGCACUGACAACCAGCACUGAGGAAUUAGAAUUUUUUCCGCGAGAACGGGAACAAGACGGUGAAGGAAUUGCUACACCGGUGACAGAAGAAUUUGAAGACGAGAGUAAAGAAGUAAAUUUUUCCGGGGUCCGCAAUUUCGAGAUGGGGGAAGACGAUUUUCAGGUGGGGUUUUCCGGUUUGGGUGGACCUCCCCAUGAGGUGGACCCAAACAGCAGUACCGCCCUGGAAGGAAAAUAUCGAAUGUGUAUGAUGAAAGAGGAAGAAGAACUUGACGAACGGAAAGAAGAACUUGAAGAAGAAGAAGAAGAUGCUGCGCUGUCCUGUCCCGACCACCCCAGCAGCGGGAAUAGUGAACUACAAAAAGAAAUAAAAUUGUGUACGAUGCAGCAAACAGUACGAAUCCCGAGCGAAGACGAAGUUUGUAUCCGGGUGCAUUUAGACGAAGAGAAAUUUGAACGCAACAAGGUUUACAACCUUCAGGGCCGAGGGGGUGGAGCGCUUCCGGGAUUUGUCAUCGAGCCAUCAGUGAU